UAGUAUAUUGAGACACUCAGAUAGCUUAGAGAAGAUACUGAAAGAAAGAGAACAAAUAAGAAUUUGAAAACAACAGACAUUCAUCAUAAUAACGCACGACCAUACGGUGUUUGGCAAUAAAUCACUCUGCAAAUGUAGCUGACCAGUAGUACGCCAAUCCACUGUGCAGCCGAGAUCUGGUACACUCCGGUUUUCCUCUGCUCAGUCCAAUGAGGGACAUUGUUCGGGGACAAAGAUUUGAUCCCGCAAACAAGGUGAAAGUGGUUGUGAAGAAGUGAGUACAAAAGAGCACAACUGAAUUUUUUCAAAGAGGAUUCGAAAGAUAAUGUUCAAUGUUUAUGCAAAAGUAUCAUUUAAGCUGGAGAUACAGUACCUGUAUAGUGGAACAGUUAUUCUACUGACAUGGGAAACUGAACGACCUAUAUCCGUGGAUAAAAAUGUAAUGACAACUUUUGUAUAACUUUGGGUACGAACCUCGUAUAAUCUGCUUCAUAUUAGUAUUGUCACAACAAGUUUAUAUAUCGUCCGUUUUAAAAAUGUCCAUUGUUGAUGACUAAUAUCUAUCUAUAUCUAUUUAUCUAUCCACGUACACACACAUAAAUAUAAACAUAAAUGUACUUACACACGUAGGUGUGUGCAAUAUAAAACAGGUGGUUGGAAGACGACUUUAAGCCAACAAUUGAGUGCAACAAGAACCAUAACUCUACAUGUUCACUGUUGUCUCUGACAACAUAUUUGAAAUACCUUACUUGACUGAACUUGUUCUAAGUAGAGACAGGACGUACAUAUGAUCAGUGUUUGUUGAUGAUGUUACCUUAAAUUACACCAAUACACCUGGUACACAGAGCUUAGGCGACACAUAAUUAGUUUCCCGUUUCAAAACUAUACCGUCAAUUUCAUAUUACUUCUUGUUACUAAUGAAGAUUAUGUAUCUUGUUAAAUUUCUUCCAGCUACUGCAGACUAAUUAUUGUUAUAAUAAAUAAUCCGAUUUUAACUGACUUGGAAUACUUUCACCGUGAUAUUCUAGCUGGAUCACAUCCUUAUCAAUGUCCUCAUAACUAAGUAGUAGGUGUGUAACUUGUUUGUCAACCAAGUAGCCUGUGGCAUUUCCAAGAAACAUUACAGAAACUCCAGAAAGCUGAAUUCCUGGCUAUGAAAAAGAUGCCAAGAUGAAAAUGAAGAAUGCCGUAGGGUAUAUUGCAGCUGCAUCAAAUCAACUUAGCAAUUGUACCAACUGUGGUAGACAUAGAAACAGCAUUGAACUUGUCAACAGUAUUAGUUUUACUAAUUGCAGUAGAUGUACUAGUUUUAAUAAAUCUACUAAUGGAUGAGAGUGAGCAGCAGUCGAUUCCUGACCAAGUGACUGUUAUAGUUCACAAUGCAAAAGGAUUACAAGGAAAGAAACCAGGACGCCAUAAAUAUUCAGUGAUAUUUGGAUUUGGAAACAAGAAAUAUCGGACAUCAGUUGUGAAAGAUCCUAAGGGUAAUCCUGUUUGGAAUGAAGAAUCAGUUCUUUCCAUCAAUAAUUCCUCGGAUGCUUUAUUCUUCAAUGUCACAGAAAAGGAUGAUAUUUUGGGUCAAAUAUUGGUUCCUAUAGCCUCUCUUCGUGGGGCCAAGGGAAGAGUUAUUUGUACAGCCUUGCAGCCUCACAAGAAGAAUUCCAAACCAAAAGGAAGUUUAAUAUACCAGUGUUAUGUUUCUAAAUAUCGAGAAUCUGGAGAAGUUGAUGAUAAAUCUAAGUCAAGAAGAAAUAGUUGGCUUACAACUAAUCCCUUUUUGACUUUUAAACGAUCACCUGGUUUUUCUGGUAAUUUCUUUAAGAAAGAACACAAGUCAACUAGUCCCCUUUCAAAUCUAAAUAAAAGAAUCUCUCGAUCUUUUCAUGAUAUUUUUAGUUUAUCAAAGACUGACAUCUCAGAUGAUGAAGAAUCAGAGGGUGCACCAUCAAAAUUAAAAACUCGAAGUACUUUUAAUUUAAGUUGUGCUGGGGUUGAACCAGAAAUAUCCUACAUAACUCCAAAUACUGGUUCAGCUGCUGGUGGCACACGUAUUACUAUUGUAGGUGAAAACCUUGGUUUAAAGAAAUCUGAUAUUGUUACCUUGCGUAUUUGCGAUGUUGAUGUUCUUUCUACAUUAGAAUAUGAAUCUUCAGGUCAGAUAUACUGUGAAACAUUGCCAGGUCCUACUGGCCAUGGUGAUGUUAUCAUUGAGACUUCAUUAGGUGGUAAAACUGUUUUGACUGGAGGCUUCACUUUAGUUGCUGCUCGGAAUAAAAAUCCUGCACCGAAACCUCCAGAAUCCAGACCAUCUUCAAAUUUAAACAAAUCUCUCUCUCAUAGUACUUUAGCCUUAGUCACACCACCAACUCAAAUAACAAUUUCUGCACCAAAUUCUCCUAAAACACAACAUGGUCAGAAUGAUUCUCUUAACCCUUUUGAAAACCCAUCAAUGCCAAAUUCCCCCACAGCAUCAAUUGAAUCUCACAAAUCAUCUGAUACUCAACUGCAAACUCUAGGCUUUAAUAAAAAAUUAAUCCCACCUGAUCCUGCUUCUGUUAAUAAAUUUUCUUCACUUGAUCGGAGAAAGUUUCCUGCUCAAAAUAACCCAAGGAAAAAUUCCAAAGAUCUUGGAGAAAAUCAUGGCAAAGGGAAAAAAGACACUUUUUUGAAUAUCAAAGAAAAUUCCAAAACAAAGCAUGGUGAAAACAUUGAAGGACGUUUUAGGAAAAAUUUUUUCAAACACAUGCGUACUGCAAGUGAUGUCCCUCGUGUAGCAGUGAAUGAUAUUACUCUUCAGAACAGCAAUGAUGAUGUCAGUCUCCAGAAUGGUAAUGAUGCUGCAGCUCUACAGAAUGGCAUUUCAGAGGUCACAAACAACAAAGAGGACUGGAGUGAAAAAGCUAAGUUUGCUGAACUGGAACGUUUACAAAAGGAAAACACAGCUCUUCGCCAAGAGAAUGCUGACAUGAAGGCCUACAUUGAGAAACUGCUUGCCAAAGUUCUCCACCAUUGCCCCGAAGCUUUAGCAGCUGAUAAUGAAUUAACUCUGUCACAGUGUUAGUUGGCCUUUAUAAGGACCACCUGCAUAAUAUUAAGACGUGUCUUCACUGACAGCUCUUAGAGACUUCAUCUAUUCCCUGAGUUGACCACCAAGGAUAAUCAGAUCUCCUUCCACUACACAAAGGACUGCAUUAUAUGACUUUGGAAACCUCCCCCUCCUACUGAGUUCAUUAGUUGAUGAUAAUGGAAUCUCUCUGUUGGUUUUUAUUCUUCUAUUUUUAACUUAAACUGAAAAAAUAGAAUCUCCAAUGUAUUAAACUCAAAAGUCAGAAUUGUCAAUUUGAUAAAAUAUUUUUACAUUCUUUAUUAAAAAACAAUUUUAUAAAAUCUC